CUUUAGUGUAGGACUUCAUCAUUAUUAAAAGCAAAACCCUUCUAAUAACAAAUAUUCCUUCCUCUACAUUGCUCUUUCAUCAUCAAUUUAUCAAAGCAAUUCCUUUAUUAAUUUCUCUCUUUCAUCCUUGGCUUCGUCCAUAUGUCUUAAAGCUUCAGCCUUCAGAUUGGAGAAGACCUUAGCUUAACGAUUUUUCAUCCUUCCCUUCAUUAAUCUCCCAACAAAACCACCAUUUCUUUUAGUAAAACCAUGGAGAAAGAAUAUGAGGAAAACGAGUCCAAAGCCAUCAAGAAUUACAGUAAUGGAGAAUUUUUAACUGAGGAAGAUUACUGUGCUGCUUUAACUCUUGCUUCUUUAAAGCAUGCAACGUUAGACGAAAAAUCUGCUGUUGCUUUGGAGAAGCUGAAAAGAAAGAAUCUUGGUGCAAUUAAAGGCAAAGACAAGCAAGAAAAAGAAGACCCUUGUAUUGAAAAGGAUCCAAGCUCAGUUAUUCAUGGAAGCAAUAGAAUUUCUGUACCAAAUUCCACAAUCUUUUACAACUAUCAACCCCCAGUUAUCCCUCCGGUAGCAGCUCUAACCGGCCUUAUUGGCAAAUGUAGCAGGCCUUUUGAAAAGCGGUUGACAGAGACUGAUUUGACGGAUAGGCAAACAAGGCUGAGCUUGAACAAAAAACACGUCCAAGAAUUCAUGAUACCAUUGUUGAAAGAGGAUGAGGAUGUCAAUGAGGGAAUCAGAGUGAUCACAUACGAUAUAGAAGGGAAAGAGUACGAGAUGAAGUUCGUGUUCUGGAGUCUCAAGAUGUAUGUGCUUACUAGUCCGGGGUGGAAAACCUUUUACAGAGAGCAUAGACUGGAGAAAGAUAUCGAUAUUGUUACUGUUUGGAUGUUUCGCCAUAGGCUGACACAAAAUAUUUGCUUUGUAAUCACUCCUAGAAGGUCACCAAUGGCAUUGCCAACGCAGUUGAACAACAGAAGAAAACGUAUUUUGCCAAGAACUCCUCUAUCUAUGGUGGAUAUCGUAUUGCAAGAGGAAGGAAGCAGCAAAACCUGAGUAAGAUGAGGAUCUAGCAGUCAGAGAUCAAGAAGCAGAUGUUACUCAUGAAGACCAUAGUUCUUUAAACUAUGAUGAAAUUGAUGAUGAUCGUGAAAUACUGAGUUCAUACAGAAGUGCGUUUUAGGAACCAAGACCUGAAAAGGAGUGGUGUAUAUUUUCUUAACAGGUUAAAAGAAAACACAGAGAAUGAGCAUCUUGAUUAGGCAAUGUUUGUAUCCGGUUUUUUCAAAGGGCAAUUUUUUGUAGAAGGUGGGAUCCUUUUUAUUUAAGAAGAGGGAACUAAUCAUUUAGGUCUCAGUUAUAGAAUGUAUAAAUUGUCUAUGGAACUGUACUGGAAACUAUUUGUAUAGUGCCUUGUUCUUUUGAUAA